AUGGUGCACUACAAGCUGACGUACUUUCCGAUGAGAGGCAUUGGCGAAAUCGUGCGCCAGCUCUUCGAGCUUGCCCACGUCGAGUAUGAGGAUUGUCGUAUUGAGAGGGAGGUGUGGCCCGAGCUGAAACAUACCGCCCCAUUCGGCCAACUGCCAAUGCUCGAGGUCGACGGGCAGAAGCUACCCCAAUCGAAGGCCAUCAUGCGCUACGUGGCCCAGAAAUACGGCUUCGCCGGGGCCGACGACUGGGAAUCUGCCCAAAUCGACUCGUGGGCCGAUCAAUAUGUCGAUUUUCUUGUGGAAUUGCGCCCCUGGUUCUAUAUUAAAUUUGCCGGAGGAGAAGGGGACGAGGCUGCCGUAUACCGGGAUACUGUAGAAGCCAAACGUGACGUGCUCUUCCCACUCUUUGUUCGUCAGCUCAAGGAGAAUGGCUCCGGGUUUUUGGUCGGAAAGACCAUCACCUGGGUGGACCUCUUGCUCUCUACGCAUCUGGAGACCUUCACGAGUUUGAAGCCGGACUAUAUUGAGAAAUAUCCAGAGCUUCAAGAAUUCCUGAAGCGUGUCCACGCCAUCCCUGAAAUCGCGGCCUGGAUCGAGCGUCGACCGAAAACGGACCUC